CUCAAUCAUAUACAACAAAUGAAUAGAAAGUACUUGGAUCGACGAUCAUAUUCAUGGUCUGGACAAGCAAGACCAUACAUAUGCGAUUUUUGCGAGAGAGGAUUCUCCAACGCACAAGCUUUAGGAGGGCACAUGAACAUCCACAGAAAAGACAGGGCAAAGCUACGACAAGCGAACCGAAAAGAAGAUAAUCGUGAAGACUCCAUAUGCAACACUUCAAGAACUCGGUUCGAGCAAGAUCUGAUUGAAUUGCCGUUCUUCGUUGGUCCAACAGAAAAAGAAGUCAAUAAUAAAAGUGGAGACUAUUUGGGAGGUGAAGAAGAGAAGAAAAUGAAAAUAUUUCAAAAAGCUUUGUACCAAAGUGCAGAAGUGAUAGAUCUUGAGCUUCGUCUAGGAUUAGAUCCUUAUAAGAAAUCACCAAGAACGUAAUUAUGUGAAUAGUUUAAUCACC